AUGCGCCUCUCAACUAUCCUUCCCUUCCUGGCCUCCUCCAGCCUCGCAGUCGCCAGUACCCUAAACGUCACCGUCCUCGGCGCCCGCAACAACCGCUCGACGCUCGAAUGCUGGGCCCUGGAACCGGGCUUCCAGACCUCCACCACAGCCGGAACCUCCGGCUCUGAAGCUCUAAACCUGGGUCUUAUCGGAGGCGCGCAGGCGGGUAAUGCAUCGUAUUCGGUUCUCCCGGCCAAGUUCGACGGUGGUCGGCACAACGCGCCCACUCAACAAUGGGUAAUCUUCCUUUCUGGCUUGGCGCACAUCACUCUGCCCAACUCGACCGCCGAGGCCUGGAUUCCCGGUGGACAACAGGGUGCCAUCCUUGCGUUGGAUACUGCGGAUGUUAGUGCCUUGGGCCAUAUCACCAAGUACCCUUCUCAGGAGACCACGACUGCGUUCCAGAUUCCCCUUGGCGAAGGUGGUCUUCCUGGACAUCGGGUUCUGCAUGCUGGUCCUUGUAAAGGCGAAGAACUGCUUGUUUAG